CGCGCGCGGCCAAGACCAAGCUCCAAGGCUCCAAGGCUCAGCUAAGCUCCUCGCUCCGCGUCCGCGCCCCUCGUCUGUGUGAGUCCGUGUGCGUGCCGUCAGCGUCAGCGUCAACGUCUUCUCCGUCCCCUCCUCCUCCUCUUUCGCCCCCCAUCACUACCAGCAGCAUGGACGUCUCCCCGUACGACGCGGCCGAGGCCGACCCGUCCGCCGCCAGCCCGCGCGCCUCUUCCUCCUCGGACGCCUACGCCGACCAGCAGCACAGCGGCCCCGUGAAGCUGUUCGUGGGCCAGGUGCCGCGCACCAUGGAGGAGGACGACUUGCGCCCCGUGCUCGAGGUCUUCGGGCCGCUCGAGGACCUCGUCAUCAUCCGGGACAAGAUCACGGGCGCGCACCGCGGCUGCGCCUUCGCCUCGUACUUCACGCGCGACGCGGCCGAGAAGGCCGUGCAGGAGCUGCACAACAAGGUGACGCUGCCGCAGAGCAUCAACCCGCUGCAGGUGCGGCCAGCCGAGGGCCAGGCCGGCGCCUCGCAGGAGCACAAGCUCUUCAUCGGCAUGAUCCCCAAGACGGCCGACGAGGCGGCCAUCCGCGAGGUCUUCGAGCUCUUCGGCACAAUCGAGGAGGUCUACAUCCUGCGCCACCCGGCCACGGGCCAGAGCAAGGGCUGCGCCUUCCUCAAGUUUAAGGAGCGCAGCUCGGCGCUCGCGGCCAUCGAGGAGGUUAACGGCAACGUCACGAUGGAUCGCGGCACCUCGCCGCUCGUGGUCAAGUUCGCGGACAGCCGUCGCCAGCGUCUCCAGCGGGCGCGCAACUUGGCGGCCGCCGCCAACGCCUACUGGCCUCUGCCGCCCGGAGCGGGCCUGGCGUUCCCGCAGCUUCAACAGCUGCAGCAGCAGUAUAUGCAGCAGAUGCAGGCCUUCGGGGCACAGGCCGCGGCCGGAUUGAACCCGGCCGUGGCUGGACUCGGAUCGCCUGUCGAAGCUACGGCCGGCGGCCCUGGAAGCCCCACCAACUCGUUCAUGUACUACAACCCGUACGGCUUCGCUGCCGGCGCGGCCGGACCCUACGGAUUUGGCGGCCUGCCCAAUGUCGGCGGAGCUGGCUUCGACAUCCAGGCGGGCGGCCUGGGCGCUGGGUUGGAUCUUCAAGGACAGGGCGUGGAAGCUGCCGCCAAGGCUUCGCGGACGACCAGUCAGCUCGAGGGCCCGACCGGUGCCAACCUGUUCAUCUACCACUUGCCGCACGACCUGACAGACGCCGACCUGGCCACUGCGUUCGCGCCGUUCGGAACUGUUAUCAGCGCCAAGGUGUAUAUGGACAAGAUCACGGGCGAGAGCAAGGGCUUCGGCUUUGUUAGUUACGACAGCGCGGAUGCGGCCGACGCAGCUAUUGCUAGUAUGAACGGCUUCCAGAUCGGCACCAAGCGACUCAAGGUCCAGCACAAGCGCAUUCACCAGAGAAACGACUACCUCGGCGGUUCCAGUAGCAGUCUUGUUGGACACGACGAUGAGCUCGCGGGCAUGGAGUACCACCACCAGGCGCAGCAGGGUAUCCCCGGCCUGGAUGAUGGUCUGCACCCGCACGAUGAUGACAGCGGCGCCAAGUCCCCGAGCAGCGCUGCGGAAGGCAACAACGGCGUCGACACGUCAUUAGAAGAGGCCGUGCAGAACCUGCGCAUUGACGCGUAAGCCCGAGAUCUCCCUCCCCACGGUGUGUUUUUGUGACUCGUCGAUCAUGUCAGUCAGUCAGUCUGUCAGUCGGUUGGUUGGUGGUGAGUUUUGAGGCGUGAAGGUGUACAAAAUGCCGUGUACAAACAGCGAUGCGAUACUGAGAUCAGAAGGACACGCAUGAGACACGAGAAACUGAGAACCUUGCAAGUAAACGAGCAUCACGAAGAGAAAGACAAGCAAGC